AUGGCAGACCUGCUAUGUAGAGGUUGGAGACCCAUUUUGAGGGUGAGGUCAGAAAGAGUUCGAUGGUACACAUCAGUGGCAUCAUUUCCUCCUGCGGUACCCACCUGGUCACAUCCUCCUUCCUCUACACAGAUUUCGGACGAUGAGAUCAACAGACUGGCUACCCGGCCCAGGAGGCCGGUAACGCUCGCAGAUCUUGUGAAGCAUGGAAGGCCUCCACUAUCACCGGAUGCCCUGCUCUCAUCCGCGAACUAUACUCUCGCUUUGCUGCCCCCCAGAUUAGCGCAUCGAAUACAGUGUCUCCGCAAUCUACCAUUCAUAGUCGUCUCUAAUCCGCACAUCUCGCAAAUAUACAACAACUACCUCCAUUCCAUAUCUACACUGCUUCCUUAUCACAAGCGUCAUAUCACUACUUUACAGGAGGAAGAGCAAUUCACCGAGACCAUGGCAGACCUUGUUCAUACUCACAACAACACGAUACCAAUACUUGCACGUGGCUUUCUUGAGUGUAGAAAAUAUAUUACCCCCUCAGAGGUCACCAAGUUCCUGGAGCAGCAUCUCCGUGCACGAAUUGGAACCCGCCUGAUCGCGGAACAGCACAUUGCGCUCCACAUGGCAUCCCAGCCUGGCUCAUACGAAGAGAAAGGCGUAUCUCCGUACAUAGGAGUUAUUGAUACUGCACUUCGUCCAGCGGAAAUCAUCCGUAACUGCGAUGCAUUUGUCUGCGAGAUCUGUGAGCUCAAAUAUGGCGUGCGGCCAUCACUUAUUCUCAAUGGUGAGGUGGAUGCAGAGUUUGCGCAUGUGCCUGUCCAUCUCGAAUAUAUUGUGACAGAGCUUUUGAAAAAUGCCUACAGGGCGACAGUAGAGUCGGGUAAUGAACGAAAACCGGUUGAAAUCACUAUUGCGGCUGCCCCCAAUGCGCCCCAUACAAAGCUUGAAGCUUUGAAGAACUUGCUCGUUAGCCAGGAUACCUCGCAUGAUUUUUCUCAAGAAGGCUUGACGGAGUAUUGCAAUACAGAGGGUGAUGCAAUACCAUUGAAUUCUGCAGCGCAGAGUAUCACAAUCCGCAUCCGAGAUCAAGGAGGUGGGAUAGCACCAGACAUUUUGCCCAAUAUCUGGGCAUUCAACUUCACCACUUUCAGCAACAACCAAACCUCCAACACCGAUAACGACAAUAUUGAUGCUCUUAAUGCCAUCUCUGGUAGUGGUGGAGGCAAUUCGAGCAGCAUCGCUGGUCUUGGCUAUGGCCUGCCACUAGGUCGAGCCUAUGCCGAAUACUUCGGGGGAGGUAUAGCUGUGGAGUCGCUCUAUGGUUUUGGCACAGAUGUUUACCUCAGCCUGCAGGGUGUCGGCAAGAUAUCUUGA